UAUACGAUAAUGUAUUCAGAAAUACUUUUCCGUGCAUGCUAUAAGUAUGGAACACCUUCAAUCCAAUGUACUGAAAUUACACAAGCUUGAAUAUUAUGAAUUAUUUUGAAUUCUACUGUUUCCUCUGUCUAUUGGUAUCGCAUUAUAUAAAAGCCCGAAGUGGAUAAAUAAAACUCUCUCUUAUCAUACAACUCUACAUCUGUGUACAUCAUUUAUUGGAAGAAGUCAGUGAUUUCGACAAGUUCGCCUCGCUCGCUCUCGGAGGAUAGAGAAAAUAAGUUUAUCUAAGUCUACAACAGUGGUGCCGAAACCCGGGAAUCGUCUCGCCGGAUAACUAUCGGGUCAAAAGUGUGUCGCAGCAGUACAAUUCGAAUGUGUCUGAGCCCCCUUUGGCUGACUCGAAGCAAUUGAUCGACGAAUUCUACAUCAAGAACACGUGACCAGCCGUCGUCACCUCCGAAAGCGUGAAGUUGCCUCAACUUCUCUUAUUCAUCUCGUUCAUCGAAAAACCGACUCAGUUACCAGGUCAGGUACAGCCACAAAUCACACAAGCAAUUCGUCUUCCGGAGAUUAGAGUCCCAGAAUUCGAUGGGAAUCCGGAAAAGUGGAUUGAGUUCCGAGAUCUUUUCAAGUCGCUUGUUCACGCCAAUGGGCAGCUAACUUCCGUUCAAAAAAUGCAUUAUUUGAAGGCUGCAUUGAAGGGUGAAGCACAUCAAAUAAUUUCGUCAAUUCUCGUAUCCACCGAAAAUUAUCAAAUUGCGUUGAAAGCUAUCGAAGAAAGGUAUGAUAAUCCUAACCUAUUGAUUAAGCGUCAUAUUUCUGCAUUGUUCUCUAUUCCUACAUUGAAACGCGAAUCUGCUUCAGGGCUAUCCGAAUUGCUCGAUCAAUUUGAUCGCCAUGUUAGUGUGCUGAACCAAUUGGAGGGUCCAGAUCGUCACUGGAAUUCGGUCCUCGUGGAGAGUCUAAGUCGUCGUUUAGACUCAGUGACAUUAAGGGAAUGGGAAAAACAGUGCAAAGAUAAUGAGCGACCAACGUAUGAACAAUUAGUGAACUUCGUCAGAAAACAAGCUCGUAUGUUACUAUCGGUGAAACUAUCCCAAAAUGCAAGUGUAUUUAGCAAUGAUGAGAAGCGACCAACCAAAACGGGUUCGACAUUGGUCGCCACCGAACCUUCGAUUAGAUGCCCUCAGUGUAAGCAGAGUCAUUUUUUGUAUAACUGUGUACAAUAUAAGAGUUUACCGCCAAAGCAGCGUUUUAAUCUUGCCAAACGAUAUAAAUUGUGUAUAAAUUGUCUAGGUGGUUAUCACAUGGCUAAAAAUUGUAACUCGGCUAAUUGUGGAGUGUGUGGAAAUCGGCAUCACACACUAUUACAUCUGCCGACAGCAGAUAGUUUGGAUCGUUCUCAAACUAACUCGAGAGUAUCGCACUCAUUUAUCGCUAAUGAACAAUCGGUAGAAAGUGAAGAACAAUUAUAUCCUAAUCAGUACAAUACGCAAUCGUAUAAUACAUCACCGUCGGGUUCGAAAUCUACGCAUAUGCCAGUGGUUCAUACCCUCGCGACUCUCUCGUCGACUACAUCUACCACAGUGAGUUCAUUAUCUGCACACUCUGAAGAAAAUAAGCCAGAGUCAACCUUAACACAGAUGUAUCCGUCGCGUAAUAUCGGGUGUGAAGUGUUUCUAGCAACAGCCUUGAUCAAGGUGAAAGAUUUGUUCGAUCGUAAUCACUUCGUGCGUAUCGUGUUGGACAGUUGUUCGCAGUGUAAUUUCGUUUCGGAGUCCCUAGUUAUGAAACUUGGACUCAAGCGUAGUAAAACAAACGUGGAUGUGAUCGGUGUCGGCACGGGAAAAGUACAUAUCACGGAAACAGUUAUGCUUAAUAUAAAGUCUCGAGUAAGCAAAUUUGAAGCUGCAGUGUCAUGUCUGGUUAUCCCGAAAAUACCGGCGAUUUUGCCCAGUAAAAACAUCAACAUUUCGAAAUGGAAUAUACCGUCGAAUGUAGUGCUCGCUGAUCCUCGUUUUAACAUUAGUGCGGGAGUUGAUGUUCUCGUCGGCGCGGAAUUAUUCUUUUCGUUGCUAGAAUCUAGCCGAAUUUCGUUUGCCCAAGGUUAUCCUCUAUUACAGAGUACCGUAUUCGGAUUCGUGGUGUCGGGAAUGUAUUCAUCUGCUGCAAAUCAAUCGCCGAUUUGCAUUAUUAGUACCGCCAAUAGUCUAGAAACAAUGCUCCAAAGGUUUUGGGAAAUUGAAAAUUUCGACGUCGGUAGAGCGUUAACUUUAGACGAGCAACGGUGUGAAGAUCAUUUUAGAAGAACUGUGUCGCGGGAACCUGAUGGAAGAUACGUGAUUCGACUACCGCUACGCGAAGACCGGUUACCCUAUCUUGGAGACGCGUAUCAGCUGGCUCAGCGCCGGUUCCUAUCAACUGAACGGCGUUUCAGGACGGACUCGAACCUCCGUGACAGCUAUCAUCAAUUCAUGGAUGAGUACGCAAGAUUGGGGCACAUGCAGCGCACUACGCAUACAGUUACAUAUGGCACAACGUGUGCUCCUUUCCAAGCUACGCGAGUUUUGAUGCAAUUGGCAGAUGAUGAAGAGUCGCGGUUUCCGUUAGGUGCAAAAAUAAUUAGGAAAAACACUUAUGUUGACGAUACAUUGGCUGGUGGUGACAAUUUGAACGACGUUGUCAAUGCUGCAGCGCAGUUAAGGCUGCUAUUAGCCGCCGGCGGUUUCAGUCUUCGGAAAUGGUGUGCUAAUGACGCGAAGGUUUUACGGGAAAUACCCCCUGACCUAAUUGAGAUGCCGAGUGAGAUUGAAAUAGAUAGGUCGUCGUCAGUGAAAACUCUAGGGUUGCUCUGGAAUCCUCACAUCGAUCAAUUUGCUUUCAAAAUUCCAGAUUUAUCCAGCACAGAUACGAUCUCUAAACGCGUUGUUGUAUCGGAAAUGGCCCAAUUAUUCGACCCCAUGGGCCUAGUCGGAUCGGUAGUUGCAGCAGCUAAAAUCUUCGUACAGCGUUUAUGGAUAGGUCAGCAUACGUGGGAUGAACCACUCCCGGAUGAGUUGAAAGACUGGUGGCAAGAUUAUCGCGAACAACUGCCGCUACUGCACCAGUUGAGAGUGCCUCGACGUGUAAUCACUAAAUUUCAGAAAUUCAAAAACUUUCUGACGGACAUACAUGGAGGCAUGUUCCAUCAGAAAUGA